ACCUGUUUGCGUUGGUCAUGGUAGGAUCGCACUGAGGAGUAAAUACGCUCUGUCUUCACACUUUGGUCAACUUGAAAAGGAAUGUGGGCAUGUAUUAUCCAGAGGUGUCUAUCCAUUGGCUUGUCAGAAAUGCAUCAUGCAUGACCGCGACUAGAGAUACUUUGUGAGGGCACUUGCCUUAGUUAACCUGUGCUAUCCAGGCCCUGUUAGUGGGACACUUCUCUCUCAAUCAGUGGAGUAGAUUCAAUUUUUGCCUGCUUGCCUAGCUGAAUCUCCAAAGCAGCACUAUUACGGAGACGAGUGUUGGACCAGGGACACCCAAACACAGCUAACCUUAGGCCAUUGUUACGGAGAACUUUGGUGUUUGUUAAUUUACCUCUUUGUCUUGGAUUAUCUUCUGGACAACCAGUUGUCACAGUCUUGUGGAACUCUUCAGACUCUGUCCAGGUCUCCAUUCUGCAAUGGCCGACGUUGCCACCAAUGGUGUUGAAGACCAGGGACACGAGCUAACCAUGGAGGAUCCUUUGGAAGAUGUACAAGCAGUGACUAACUAUCAGGAGCCGGCCAAACAUGCAGUGAAUUCCUCAGAUUUAAUUCAGGGUUAUAAUGGGUUUGAUAAGCCUGUCAAUGGGGGCAGAUACAGCGAUGAUUUGCUAAGUUUAAAUUCACAGCCUCGAGAGCCUGAAGUACUCUCCCCUGAGCAGGCUGAUCCUUACUCUGACCACAUUGCAACAGAUCCAGAAAUACAAGACCUGGACCCUGUAAAACCUGAAACUGGUAAAGCUGAAGCUGAAACUGAUGAACAAGCUGGUCCAGGAGAAGGUAUUCUGAUUGAUUUUGGGGGAGCUGCGGGAAAUCGUGAGGCAGAAGCCUCUGAGCCAUCAAACAACCCGUUCUUGAUGGAGGAGCCAGCUUCGGGGGAUGCCCCCUCUUCAGAGGAAGCUGAUCCAGCUCUGCCAGCUCAGUUUGGAGGAGGGGACAUCAUGCAGGCCAGCUUCUUUGGAGAUUCAUCAGAGCUUGCUAGUCUCAACCCUUUUGAUGCAGGGAAUGAUCAAGGUAAUGCUGAUUUAUCGCCAGCAGCAGAUACAGACCAGUUUGAGGCUGAACAAAAAGACGAAAAUGUGGAAGUAUGUCCCGCUGCUGACAUCAAUCCAUUUGAAUCUGAGCACAGCCAGGAAUGUGUGGAAGUGUUACCAAGUGAGGACACAAACCCUUUUGCUACAUCUACUGAGUUGACAGAGCAAGUGGAAAUGAACGAAGUUCAGCCAGAUGAAGAGAAUAGAAAUCCAUUUGAAUUGAAUAAACCAAGUGAACAGAAUGGCAGUCCAGAACACCAUUCUGACGGAUCUGUAGAGCCUGGUGAACCUAGUGAUGAAAAAAUUGAAAAUGACUACAUGACUGAAGAAGAUAACACAACUGUGGGAUCAUCAGUUGAUUUGCCCAUUGUAGACAAUGUUCCUAUUGAUAGCAUAAUGCCUGAGGCAGAAGACAAUGACGAGAAGAUAGAGUCCGCUGAGAAGAUAGAGUCCGUAGAUCAGCCUGGUAUUCAUGAUGAGGAGGUAGGUGCUCCAGUAUGUUCAGAACCAGAGCCAAAGGUUGACCAUGCUACAGAGAUCAUAGCUCCUGUGGUGGCAGAUUCAGAAACCAAGGAAGAGGCCUCACAACAGCCGGAAGACGCCAAAACUCCUGCUUUAAAGGCCCCAGGCAGUCCAGCUAAGAAGCCAGAAGCCACUAAAAUAGCUAGCUUAAGUCCAAGGUCUCCUGGAAAGGAUGCAAAAGCUAAGCCAUCACCAGCUGCUGCUGGUGCUAAACACCUAAAGAAGACCGCUCUUCUUCAGAAGUCAAGUUCUGUCCCAAGUAGGACACCAGCGCCACAGAGGCCGCCCCUGACUAGAUCUGCUCAAACCUCAGGACAGGUGACUCCCAGAAAGUCCGCAGAGAUGAGGCCUACUCAGAGCACCAGGAAGGGCACCGCCGAGCUUCGUAGGAGUGCCAGUAGCACCACUGCAACCACUGCUUCUAGCCGGGCAAAGUCCAGUCCUUCGUCGCGAACCUCAGAGGCAUCAUCUAGUUCUGGUGCAUCAGGAACAACAAGAAAGAGUGCAGACCUUAAGAAGAGGGGCAGCACGGGAUCAGCAGAAACUCCAUCUCCUCGCCCAGGGGGAAAGGGUCCUAUCAAGUCUAGGGUGGGGUCAUUGGAUAAUGCCACCCAUACUCCAGGAGGAGGAAAUGUGAAAGUUUUUAAUCAGAAGACAGAUGUUAAGGCCUCCAGUAAGAUUGGAUCCAAGGACAACAUGAAUCACAAACCAGGAGGAGGUACGGUUAAAAUUGAAAGUAAACGACAGAGCUAUGAUGGAACAAAGUCAAGGAUAGGCUCUUUGGAUAAUGCCAAACAUUCACCCGGUGGAGGAGACAAGAAGAUCCAGAGUGCAAAACUCGAGUGGAAGGCUGCAUCAAGAAUUGGGUCAUUAGAUAAUGCUAGUCACAAACCAGGGGGUGGAGAGAAGAAGAUCGAUACCCAAAAGUUGGAUUGGCAGACAGGCUCUAGGGUUGGCUCUCUAGAUAAUGCCAAACAUAAGCCUGGGGGUGGCACCAAUAAGAUUGAAUCUCAAAAGUUAAAAUGGAAUGUGGAAUCUCGGAUUGGCUCAUUGGCUAAUGCUAAUCACAGUCCAGGAGGCGGUAAUGUUAAAAUUGAAUCCAAAAAGCUUGAUUUUAAAGGAAAGGCUCAGUCCAAGAUUGGUUCUAAAGAUUAUAUUAGCCAUAAGCCAGGAGGAGGAGACAAGAAGAUUUAUGAUGCAAAACCAAAAUGGAAGGCAGAGUCAAAAUGUGGAUCAUUGGACAACGCCCAGCAUAAAGCGGGUGGCGGGGAGAAGAAGAUUGAAACCCAGAAACUGAACUUCAAGUCAAAGGCUCAGUCAAAAGUUGGGUCAAAGGACAAUGCCACUCACAAGCCAGGAGGCGGAGACAAGAAGAUUGAAUCCCAAAAACUGAACUGGAAAGCGGAAUCAAAAUGUGGAUCCUUGGAUAACGCUAAACACAAGGCUGGCGGAGGAGACGUGAAGAUUCAUGAUGAGAAGAUGAAGUGGAAGGCAGAGUCCAAGUGUGGCUCUCUGGACAAUGCCAGUCACAAGGCUGGUGGAGGCGAUGUCAAGAUCCAUGAUCAAAAACUGAAGUGGACAAAAGAAUCAAAGUGUGGGUCACUGGAUAAUGCUGACCACAAGGCCGGGGGAGGGGAUAAAAAGAUUCAUGACCAAAAACUAAACUGGAAAGUGGAGUCUAAAUGUGGAUCAUUGGAUAAUGCUAAUCAUAAAGCAGGUGGUGGAGACAAAAAGAUUCACAGUCAGAAACUGACGUGGACAAAGGAGUCCAAGUGUGGGUCACUGGACAAUGCUGACCACAAGGCUGGGGGUGGGGACAAAAAGAUUCAUGACGAAAAACCCAAGUGGAAGGCAGAAUCCAAAUGUGGUUCUCUAGAUAAUGCUGAUCAUAAAGCUGGGGGUGGAGAUGUCAAGAUUCACGAUGAGAGACUCAAGUGGACAAAGGAGUCCAAGUGUGGGUCACUGGACAAUGCUGACCACAAGGCUGGGGGAGGGGACAAAAAGAUCUACAACGAAAAGGUGAAUUGGAAGGCUGACCCAAAAAUUGGAUCGUUGGACAAUGCCCAUCACACUCCCGGGGGAGGAGACAAGAAGAUUGAGACAGAAACACUGACAUUCCGUGAAAAUGCUGAGGCUAAAACAGAUACUGGCAAAGCUGCCGAGGACUAAACAUUUAAGUGAAUGAGUGGUCAAAGAGAGUGACCUGUCCUUCAAGAGAUGGCCAGUGGUCAGUUAAGACCAGUACCCAGUGCUAUUACAUGUAUCUCCUGUUGGUUGCCCUCCUGCGUUUUAAAUUAACUAUAUAGAUGUGAUCACGUAUGCCCAGUUACCUGUCUUUGCUGUCAAGACACAGCUCUGUUUGCAUGACCACUAUGAACAAAUUAUAUCCAUGUACCUUCACAGACAUUUUGAGCAUGUGUCCAGUGGCUUAUUGUGUUGUACUGUUUGUGUACUGCUCAGAAUGAGGAGAUGAUACCAUGACAUGACUGGGUAAUGUUCAAGUGACCCUUUAGGGGUGCUGAUGUGUUGAUAUUUCAGAAUG